UCUUCUGCUCUCUUUCAUAUAGACUUCAGCAACACUUUCUCUCUCUUUUCCUUUCUCCACAUCUUCCGUGCGCAAACACAAACAAAUAUGAAGAAUACAAAGAGGAACCUUCUUGUGGCAUCCCUUAACAAAUGGAGAAAGAUGGGAAGUAGAGCCAUGCUUUGCUGUGAGUAUCAAUGGGGUUUGUGGCCUUCCAUGCAUGAAGGGAAAUCGAUUCCAAGGGAUGUCCCAAAGGGUCAUUUAGUGGUCUAUGUAGGUGAGAACAACAAACGGUUUGUAAUCAAGAUUACCUUACUCAAGAAUCCACUCUUCAAGGCAUUGCUGGAUCAAGCUCAGGAUGAAAAUGAUUUCACUGCUGACUCCAAACUCUGUAUUCCUUGCGAUGAGAGCAUUUUCCUUGAUGUUGUGCGCUGCGCUGGCUCUCCAGAGGAUCGAAAGUCCUGUUUUUCUCUUUAAGAAUUAAUCCGUGGAGCUUUUGCUAAAACAUUGAUUGAUUCAAGAGACUUAUGUACACUAAUGCUAAUAUGUAACCAAAAUAUGCUGCACACUAAGUAGAAUUGUAAUAUAAAGAUUGUCUAGCUCGUAAUUGUAAUUCAGUUCAGAAGUACGAUAAUUUUGUUCUGAUUUAGAA